AUGGGUGGGAAGGUGCCCCACAAGCAGCUGGCCACUAAGGUGGCCUGCAAGAGCGCGCCAGCCACGGGCGGUGUGAAGAAGCUGGACGCUGCUCGAGAUCCGCCGCUCUCAGAAGUCCACCGAGCUUCUUAUCUGCAAGGUCCAGUUCCAGCGGCUGAUGCACCUCACAACGACUUCAAGACCGACCUAUACUCCCAGAACUUGGCUGUCAUGACGUUGCAGGAGGCGUGUGUGGCCUACCUGUUUGGGCUCUUCGAGGAUACCAACUUUUGCACCAUCCACACCAAGCGCAUCACCGUUAUGCCCAAGGACAUCCAGCUGGUGGGCGGCAUCCGCGGAGAGAGGACAUAA